ACGCUACGCCCAGGCGCUCAGGAAAAGUCGGCCUGGACGCUGCCUCGCUACCUUACUGGCGCUGGAAGGGGCCGACCCCAAGGAGGCAAUCACAAAGGGACAGCUCAAGGCCUGGUUCGACGUGUGGAGCAGGUGCCCAGACAUCAGGACGCAGGCGCGCAAGGCAUGGCCCAAGGUCGAUUGCAGACUCUUCAACACCAUGGAGUCGAAGCGCUGGCAGCAAAGGCGCGGGGUCAUGGGCAGUAUCACCAUGUUGCUCUGGUCCGCAGGCUGGGACUCGAGGGGGGCCGACAUUUGGAUUCACAAGCAAGGAGGCAUGUGGCGGUACCCCGAAGGCCAAGAGGAAGGAGAGGCAGGCGACAUCAUCGAGGCGCUGCUACGAGACGUCCGAGAACAGCAAUGGCAAGAAGCAGCAGCCCGCAACAACGGCAAAGGCGCCGAAAGGGGCAUCAACUGCAAGGACAUCAUACACCACCUGGAAAACUACAAGAAAAGAGAACAGCACCAGCAGUACGGAGCGCUGGUCACAGCGGCCUGCGCAGGCACGUGGACUCGGGCACGGCGAGCGGCCGCCUUCGGCGACAACGACAACAGGUGUGAGUGCGGCGCUGUCGACACCGACCUCCACCGCAUCGGGGAGGACUGCGCCGCCCGCAAGCCCAACGAGAUCUACGAGAAGACUCAAGGCCCCAUCACCUACUGGGCGGACAGCGGGAUCACAUUCAUCGACUGGCAGAUGCGAAGGGACCAGUCGGAGUUGCAGACGGGCACCAACAGCGACCUCUGGCGGAAACUCAACUGCACGAUCCAGGAACGAGGAGACCGAAGCGACAUCACAAUCAAGCACAUGAAUAGCCACAUGACAGAGGAGGAAGCGGCCGCCAAGAACGUCCCCAAGGCAAUACAGGAAUCCAGGCGGCAGCUCCGCUGCAAGCGACACUAUUUCGACGACAUUGAGAAGACCAGACAGAUGACUACCCACACGCUUCAGCGUCCGAGGCGCGGCACUGGGUGGACGUGCAGCUGCUGCAACCAGUCGGUCUCAAAACACACGGACCUGGACGUGAUCAAGAAGUGGUUCGCAAACGGGUGCUCCGGGCCGCCGCCAGAACACGGGUGCGAGAUCAUGUACCACGGCACGGCAGCGCACUCCACACACCCGUUGCGGUGGAUCGCACGCCAGAAGAGAUGGUACUGCAGACUCUGCGCCAGCUCGGUCACGGAGUUCACCAGCACGAAGUUGCAGGCACCAUGCACAGGACAACCCAGCUGCGACUCCAUGGGAUACAAACUCAAGCACUGGGAGCAGCAUGCCGACACAGAGAAGUGGCAAGCUCGUGACAUGAACGCGGACCUGGCGAAGCACGAGGAAAACCCCGAGGUCGGAAGUGCCCCGUCCUCGCCAUCAAGAGCGGCGGAGACACAAGUGGCUCCCUGCACCGAGGGAACGGAGAAGCUCGAGGCGACAAGCGGGAACUCAGAGCAGCAGGACGAGAUCAGGGUUGCGAACCUGGCAUACCGCCUAAUCCAGUCCGCGACAAAGCCGUCCGACGACCACCUGCAGUGCCCAGAGCCCACGCCGCUCAAGGACCAGCGGAGCAUAGACAAGGUAAAGUUCACGCACACGAACGGCAUCAUGCGGAGCAUAGACAAGGUAAAGUACACGAACGCCCUCGAGGGCAACCAGCAGAACAUAGACAAGGCGAAGUACACGGAAGCCUCGGACGGUGGGAGUCGGACCGUACCUAACCCACCGCCCGAAGAAAAGAAAAGACAUGCCUACCGCCACUACGAGAAGCGCUACUCGCUGAUGGAGCUGGUCGAGCAAGCGUGUAAGCCGCCGCGAGAGCCUCGCGGAGCUGGAGGCAGAGGCGCAGAGCUGGCAGCCGCGGAGGGCCCGCAGGCGACAUCGAGCUGGCCGCGCAAGCAUGAACCGAGGGUCCGCGAGGCGGCGCAGGCAGGGCCUCCGCAGCAGGAGAGGAGACAGGAUGUCCUCCGCACCGAGAAAGCGGAGCAGCGCGAGGCGGCAUGCGGAAUCACACCGCAGCAGGACGAGAACAGGAUCGCGGACCUGGCAUACCACCUCAUCCAGACCGCGACCAGGCCGCUCGACAACCACCUGCAGAGCCCAGAGCCCGCGCCACUCGUGGACCGGCUGAACAUAGACAAGGGAAAGUACGCGAACCCGAGCGGCGUCCAGCAGAAAAUCCACAAGGUAAAGUGCACGAACAUCCAAAGGGCAUCCUGCAGGACAUUGACAAGGUCAAGUACACGGAAGCCUCGGGCGGUGGGAGACGGGCCCGCAGGCGACCUCGAGCUGGCCCCGCAGGCCUGA